GAUAGUCCUCAAAAUCCAAAUCCCCAUCUUCAGUCAACAGUGAUCAAAAGAUCAUCCAUCCAUGGAGGUAGAUAGUCCACUUCAUGAUUUCUUCAAAGCAAGAACACAAGUAUGGAAACACAUGCUCGUCUUCAUGGACUCGAUGUGUCUCAGAUGCGCCAUCGAGCUCGGCGUGCCAGACGCUAUCCACAACCACGACGGUCCCAUGACACUCUCCGAGCUCGUCCAAGCACUACCCAUGGCCACAACUCGAGCUCCAUUUCUCCGGCGCAUCAUGCGUGUUCUCGUAAACUCUGGUUUCUUUUCCAUUAAAGGAAAUGAAUCAGAUGGUAGCAAUGAAGAGGAGGUGUACUAUGACUUGACUGCCACCUCUAAACUGCUCGUCACUGGAAGCACAAACUCUUUAGCACCUCUUGUUCUUUUUGUAACAGGCUCGGAUGUGGGGAUGGCUGGAUUUGCCAUGAGUACAUGGAUCAAAGCUAGUGAUGAUGAUGAUAAGAAUGAGACACCAUUUCAUGUGGCUCACGAUGGGAAGGGUUUGUUUGAGUUUGCAAGUGAGAGGCCUGAGUUCAAUUCUUUGGUCAAUGAGGCCAUGGCUUGUGAUAACAGAGUGUUUAUCGGAGAAGUGGUGAAGAACUGGGGUGAUGUGCUCUUUGGUGGUCUCCGGUCACUGGUGGAUGUGGGUGGUGGCACUGGACUCGCUGCGGCGGUGAUAGCGGGAGCCUUCCCGGAGAUGAAGUGCUCUGUUCUUGAACUGGAUCAUGUGGUGGAUGUGCAACCGGAGAAUGAAUUGGUUGAGUUUGUAAGGGGUGAUAUGUUUGUUCAGAUCCCUCAAGCAGAUGCUUUUCUACUCGAGCGGGUCUUACACGACUGGAAUGACAAAGAUUGUGUUAAAUUAUUGAGAAAUUGUAAAAACUCAUUCUCUUGGGAAGGAAACAAGAAGAAGGUAAUUAUCAUUGAUACAAUAGUACGAUCUAACUCAAAUGAUCAUGGUACUAUGCAAGCACAUUAUCUUUUGGAUACAUUUAUGUUGGCAAUAUGUCCUGGGAAAGAGAGAAAUGAAAUGGAGUGGAAGGCAAUAUUUGAUGAAGCAGGGUUUUCAGGGUUUAAUAUGGUGGGUGAAUUAGGUAUUCACUCCAUCAUUGAAGUCUAUCCUUGAUUAUGUUUCAUAAAGCUUUUAUUGUUGUAGUCAAAUAAACCUUAUGUUUCUCAUUCACUCCACUGAUAAAGUUUGUUAUUAAUUGUGAUUUAUGAA